CGGCCGCGGCCGCCGGCGCCGGCCGUGCCCGUUCCCAGGAGCGCCGCUCGGAGUCGAGCGAGCCGCCGGAGGCCGGCCUGCUGGGGGCGGACGGCGACACGGACAGCCUGAUCGCCGUCGGCGAGUACGCCACCGACUCAGACCACUACUCGGACCACUCGCUCGAGAUCGAGUUUGAUCGGAUGCAGCUCCACAGCUCACAGCAGGACGAUGACGCGCCGGUGAAGGACAAGCCCCUGCCGGCGGCCAAGCAGCAGCCGAUGGCGUUCACCGCACCGCCGGAGUCGCUAAAGCGGAAGCAGGUGACGGCCGCGCAGCCGGCCGGCCCGCCGCCGGACGUGGCCCAGCCGGCUCCGGCUCCGGCUCCGUCGCCGGAGCUGGCGCAGGAGCCGGCGCAGACACCAGCGCCGGCUCCGGCGCCGGCUCCUGUCGCCUCCAGGCAACUGCCGCCGGCUGACGAGCAGGGCGGGUCUCCGCGGGAAGCGGCGCUCAGGGAAGAGAUCCGGAAGCGAGAUCGUGACAUUGAAACGCUGCAAGACGCAGUCUCAAAGCUGAAGCAGCAGCUGGCUGCUUCGAAAACCGCACAGCAAAGGAUGUCUAAGGUGGUGGACCUGCACAUGCUGUCUCUGGCGCGGCUGGCGUCCAGCCGCGGCGGCGAGCCGCAGCAGGCGCCCGACGUCCGCCGACUGACCUCCGAGCGUGACGAAGCACGCGAGGAAGUGGCCAACAUCGAGGCCAUGUUCGCCGACCUGCACCGGAAGUACGAGAAGAGCAAGGCCCUGGUGGCCGAGAACAAGCAGACCAGCGAGCUGGUGGCCGUGGAGCUGGACCAGGCACUGGCGCAGGUGUCGCGUGAACAGCAGCGGUACGACAUGCUGCAGCAAUACGCCGAGGACACCAUGCACCGGUUACAAUCGGACAUGGUGCUGGAGCAGAAGAGCCAGGAGACCGAGGCGCUGCGCAUGUCGGCACGGCUACAGCUGGCCGAAAACCGGGCCACCAAGCUGGAGCGCGAAAACCAGGAGGUGACUGCCAUCUGUGACGAGCUCAUACAGAAAAUGGGCGACCGGUGAUGCCAGUGGCCGGGGUUGCGGCCCACGCUCCGAACGUGACGGCAGGCAGCACUUGGUGGCGCGCGGCCAGCAGGCAGUACAGGACAGCGGCGCAGGUGGUGUGCGUGGCGCCCCAUCCCCGUGUUGACCGGGAACUUCGCCGCUCCCCUGCCAGCGUGACGACCUACUCGCCAACGGACAUCUGUGUAGCCCUUAUUCAAGCAUUGCUUGGACCCCAGUCAAUAGGUGGCGCAGCGAGCGUCUGGCCCUUCCAUGUGGCGGAGGACAGCUGCGGUGGCACCAAUAUGUUUUGUGGUGAACGCGAUCACAGACCGACACACUGGUUGAUUGCGGUGAAGUGUGAGGCGGACUGGCUGACCCUGUGCCGGCCAGAGUGGUUCCUUCUUUUGCUUCUGGUUGCAGCACAAGCUGCUUUGUGAUAGUCGUUCGUGAACACGACGAAUACGUCUUAUGUGGGGAUUACGUGUUAACAGUCUGGGUGACUCACCUGGAGUUCUUUCUGUCCUCGUGUUGGUUUUGUCUCUUUUUACCCACGGGCACGCUACGUGGUAGGGACAAGCGACGUCUUGCUCCCACUUCAAACUCAAAAUGUAUACGAUUUGAAUGCCGUUGCGAGGGUCUUACGGCUUCAGUCGUGUUAGAAGACGUAUUUAUCAUAUGAUAAUAAAUUUAUGAACGAUUAGUCUAACACCUACAGAUUAACUUUGCCUGCAAUGGAACUGAGGCAUCGUCUUGAAAGUAUCCGCACGUCGUCCCCACGUGGCCGGCCUUGCUCAGAUGCAGCCUGUUGAUGAAGCAACUAGUCAGCACUCUGACGGGCCAUGGCAUGACCUGGCCGGUUACCUAUAGGCUAUCGCGUGGCCUUGCCGGUUACCUAUAGGCUAUCGCUUGGCCUUGCCGGUUACCUAUAGGCUGUCGCGUGGCCUUGCCGGUUACCUUUAGGCCAUGGGGUGGCCAUAUGCCACAAUAACAGCUGUGUCCGACGUCUACGUAGUCUAGACUUUCGAACAUUUCGUGUUGCGAAGGCUGCUCCUAUUGUUGGACAGCGCGAGCGGUGUUGCACUUGUGAUUACGUGCAGCAUUCCAUAGCUGUCCUGCUUUGCACAACUGUUUAAACAGGGCUCUCCUGGCUGGGACUGGCCCGUCCUUGGGUGGUGUUGUGAUCUGAUCGCAGAAAAUACACCUGGACUGCUGA